CCCGAGAGGGACUCUCGCGCUGGGAGGGUGAGAGAAAGAUCUUGAAGAACCCACUGUGCCGUAGGACUCUAGAAAGAGGAGGAAGGUGGCCUGAAAAUUGGAAUGUCCUUGUUUCUCCUAUUGUCCAGGGGAACAUAGAUGGCUGGAGACAAAAUCUAGAGCCUUCAAAAAAUGUGGAGAUGUUUCCACCUUCAGGUUCCAAGGGGUUGAUUCCCCCCUCCCACUUCCAAGCUCGGCCCCUUUCAACAUCACCAAGAAUGGCUCCCACCUGGAUGUCAGACAUUUCCCUGGUCCCACCCCCAGCCCAUCAAGAUAUCUCAGAGAGGUGGCUGGACACUCAGAGAUCUCAGAUGACCGUGAGGGAACAAGAUGUUUCUGGUGAUAGGCAGGAGCCAGGGUGGAGAGGCAGAUCCCUGGAGCUGGAGGGGUCGCAGGCCCUGAGCCAGCAGGCUGCGCUGAUCUCUCGGCAGCUGCAAGAGCUGCAUCGGCUGGAAGAGGAGGUCCGUGUCCUGCAGGAGACCUCAAUGCAGCAGAAUAUGAGGCUGGAGGCCCAGACCGUGGAGCUAGAGGCUCUGGCACGGGCAGAGAAGGCUGGUCGAGCGGAGGCUGAGGGCCUGCGUGCUGCUUUGGCCGGGGCUGAGGUCGUCCGGAAGAACCUGGAAGAGGGGAGCAAGAGAGAACUGGAGGAGUUUCAGAGGCUACACAAAGAGCAGCUGUCCUCUUUGACACAGGCUCACCAGGAGGCUCUUUCCAUUUUGAACAACAAGGCCGAGGGCUUGGAGAAGUCUCUGAGUAGUCUGGAAACCAGGCGGGCAGGGGAAGUGAAGGAGCUGGCUGUGGCCCAGGGGGAGGCCGAGCAGCUGCGGAAGCAGCUGAGCAAGACCCAAGAAGACUUGGAGGCACAGGUGACCCUGGUUGAGAAUCUAAGAAAAUAUGUGGGGGAACAAUUUCCUACCAAGGGCCACAGUCAGGCAUGGGAACCAGAGCGACAGGAGCUUCUGAAAACUGUACAGCACUUGCAGGAGGACCGGGACGGCCUGCACUCCACUGCUGAGCUGCUGCAGGUGCGGGUGCAGAGCCUCACACACAUCCUCGCCCUGCAGGAGGAGGAGCUGAACAGGAAGGUUCAACCUUCAGAUUCCUUGAAACCAGAGUUUACCAGAAAAUGGCAGUCAUUGCUGAACCGCUGGCGAGAGAAGGUGUUUGCCCUCAUGGUGCAGCUUAAGACCCAGGAGCUGGAGCACAGGGACUCUGUUAAGCAGCUGAAGGGACAGUUGGCAGAGCUCCAGGAGCAAGUGACAGCCCAGAGCCAGGAGCAGGCCAUCCUGCAGCGCUCCCUUCAGGACAGAGCCACAGAGGUGGAGGUGGAGCGGAUGGGUGCUAAGGCCCUGCAGAUGGACCUGAGCCGUGCCCAGGAGGCCAGGCGCCGAUGUCAGCAACAGACAGCCGUGGCCGAGGAGCAGCUAAAGCUUGUGGCCAAUGCUGUCAGCAGCUCUCAGAUCUGGGUCCAGAGCACUGUGGCUAAGAUGGAACAGGCUGCAGCCCAGCUUCCCAGCCUCAACAACCGACUCAGCUAUGCAGUCCGAAAAGUCCACACCAUUCAAGGCCUGAUGGCUCGAAAACUGGCCCUUGCUCAGCUGCGCCAAGAGAGCUGUCCCCCACUCCCACCCCCACCAGCCACAGACUUAAGCCUUGAGUUGCAGCAGCUACGGGAAGAACGGAACCGCCUGGAUGCAGAACUGCAGCUGAGUGCACACCUUAUCCAGCAGGAGGUGGGCCGGGCCCGGGAGCAAGGGGAGGCAGAGCGACAGCAACUGAGCAAGGUGGCCCAGCAGCUGGAGCUGGAGCUGCAGCAGACCCAGGAGUCCCUGGCCAAUGUGGGGCUGCAGCUGGAAGCAGCUCGCCAGGGACAGCAGGAGAGCACAGAGGAGGCUGCCAGUCUCCGGCAGGAGCUGACUCAACAGCAGGAGAUCUACAGGCAAGCUCUGCAAGAGAAGGUGGCUGAAGUGGAAACUCGGCUGCGGGAGCAGCUCUCAGACACAGAGAGGAGACUGAAUGAGGCUUGGAGGGAGCAUGCAAAGGCUGUGGUCUCCCUGCGCCAGAUCCAGCACAAAGCCACCCGAGAAAAGGAGCGGAACCAGGAACUCAGGCGCCUACAAGAGGAGGCCCGGAAGGAAGAGGCGCAGCGACUGACCCGGCGUGUGCAGGAGCUGGAGAGGGACAAGAACCUCAUGCUGGCCACCUUGCAGCAGGAGGGUCUCCUCUCCCAUUACAAGCAGCAGCGACUGUUGGCCGUUCUUCCUUCCCUGUUGGACAAGGAGAAAUCUGUGGAAUCCAGUCCCAGGCCUCCAGUACCUGGACCUCCAGUAGCAGCUCAGCCUACCCGGGAAUCCAUAAAAGGGUCCCUCUCUGUCCUGCUUGAUGACCUACAGGGCCUGAGUGAGGCCAUAUCCAAAGAAGAAGCUAUUUUACAAGGUGACAACUGGAACCCUCCAGCCCCGCUUGGACAAAGGCUGAGCAGCUAAACAGCUGAGAGCUAGAGGGAAAGCCAGCCUGGGGGCUGGGAUGAUCCUGGAGAGUAGGGCAGGGCCGGGCCAGCCCCUUCCCCACCCAGCGGCUGGCUGCGCUGGCAACACUAGCUAACAUGGAUUCUGAAUUCUGCACCAAAUAAAG